AUUGCUCUUUGCCUGAAAAACCUGAUUUAUUUUAAUUUUUGGCCAGUUGAGUUUGCAACAUCUGCAAUACCAACAACAGAAGAAAGGACCUAGUGAUAACUUGUAUUUUGAAAUCACGAUGUGGUUGUACAUUCUUCUGGUGGUGAGUGUAUGGGCCGUAUCAUCACAUGGUAAAACAUAUUUUGAAGAACAUGCCACAGUGAGAGGAAAGCAAGGAAAAACUGUCACUCUACCAUGCCAGGCACGGCAGAACCCUGAGAACUUCGAAGGCGGAAAGGUCACUUGGACGAAAGAUGGGAAGGACUUUUCCAGCGACGGUCGUUUCAAGAUUCUCCCCGGGAAUCAACUGAGGAUUGACAACGUCAAGAAGGAGGAUGCUGGCGACUACCAGUGUCAGAUCACAGUCGGCGAAGAACAGACUUCAGAGCACAGUAUUCUCAGAGUGAAAGGUGAGCCCAGUGUACCAGUCGACGUCAAAGUGGACUGCACAACCAAGGCUGACGAACACAUUGCCAUUCUGACCUGGGACAUCAAUCCAGUCGAUUUCAAUGCCAAGAAUCGUCUAACAAGGUACAAGAUCCGUGUCAUCAACACACUGAACCCAACUGCCCGGCAGACGCAGUUCCAGGAUGCCGAUUACGCGUCACGACGAUUGAUAAAACUUGCCCCUGGUGCACCUUACAGAUUUGAGGUUAUGGCCCUCAAUGAGGAAGGACCUAGUCCAGCUGCUCAAACAACUGACACAUGUCAAUUUUAAUAAUGCAUUUCUUAUGUCCACAUCCACAGAAAGCAGUUUGGUGUUGCCCUAGUCCUUUCAGAUGCUAGCUGAGUUUGCAGUGCUCGGAUAUAUCUAUCAUGCCUGUGGCAUUCUACAGCUGUUCAUAAGGUACGGUUGCCCUCUAAGGACGAAUUCUGUAUUUCGUAUAUCAUGCUGUUAUUGUUUACUAUCAGAAAAGCUUUAUCACUGCAGUGAAAUAACAGACAAAAGACUGAGUAGGACCUUGUGGAGUUUCAUUGGACUAGCUAAGUGCAUAUAGCUGGAAACGGCAUUCUGUCUCAAAAGUUUCCUGUCAUUGACUGUAAAUCACUUCAUUUUAACAAAAACAUCCUUUUCUGAUUUUGCUUCCAUCUGUUACUGUGAAUGGGUGUAUUUUCCAAUGAAAAAAGCUUCAGGUUAAACAUUUUCAUGCCCUGUACGCCUCUCAUGAAAAUAUUAGGCUCAUUGAAAUGAAGCGGUUUACAGUAUAUCCAUGCCAUAUAUGCAUACAUAAACUAUGUACGCUAGAUUAAAGCCAUGAAAGUUAACAAA